AUGGACAGUCGUUUAUCAAAGGAAAAUUCAAUCACAUCUGUUGAAUUAGGCACGAUUGGAAGCCGGCGUUCAUUCGAAGUGGAAGAGGAAGCCGCUGGACCCGUUCCUCAUAUGGGUCUUAUGAGUAGCUGUAAUAUGAUUAUUGGUCUUAUCAUUGGUAGUGGUAUUUUUGCUUCACCCGGCCCUGUCACAGCCAAAGUGGGAGCUGUAGGUCCUUCACUCAUUAUCUGGGUGGUUGCUGGUGCCAUUAGUAUGAUUGGUGCCUUAUGUUAUGCUGAACUCGGUACGAUGAUCACCAAAUCCGGCGGUGAAUACCAAUAUUUAAAGUCGUCGUACGGUGUUUGUAUUGGUAUUUUGUUCAGUUGGGCCAACCUCAUCCUCAGUAACCCGAUUGGUACAGCUUCGAUUGCGACCGUCUUUGCUCAAUACAUCAUGCAAAUGGCUUAUUUCAACCCGGAUCAUCCAGACGACGCACCACACUAUCCAAGCUACGCUUUGAAGCUAGUGACGAUCGGUUGUAUCUGGGUCGUGGUCUUUCUCAAUGCCUUUGGCCGAAAAGCAGGCGCCAUGGUCGCCAACAUCUUUACAGCGGCCAAGUUAGUGGCACUUGUGAUGAUCAUCAUCAUUGGCUGGGUUUGGCUUGGCAAGGGCCAUACCGGGCCCUUCAAAACAGCUUUCAGCGGCGGCACGAGCAAUGCGCUCGAUUACGGCACCGCCAUGUACAUGGCUCUUUUCUCGUACAAUGGUUGGAACAAUUUGAACUAUGGUAUUUCUGAAGUCAAGAAUCCCAAACGUACCUUGCCCCUGGCUAUUACGAUCUCUUGUAUUUUGGUCACUGUCGUGUAUGUCUUGGCCAAUAUGGCUUAUUUUGCCACGCUUCCUCUUGCUACCGUCGCUACGUCCUCUACCGUGGCGAUGCAAUUGGGUAUGGUGUCGAUGGGCAAAGGCGGCGCUUAUUUCUUUGCCCUCAUGGUCAUCUUGUCUACGUUUGGUGCGGUGAAUGGUAACGUGUGGGCUGCUUCUCGUCUUGUCGUGACAGCAGCAAAAGAAGACGGGGUGUUUAUGCCUCCGUUCUUUGGAAAGCUCAAUGAAAAACGGCAAACACCUAUCCGUGCGCUUAUUUUCGUGGGCGUGAUUUCAACGAUCUGGUCUAUUCCUGGUGAUUUUACGUACUUGGCGACGCUUUACAGUUUUAUCAAUUUCUUCUUUUAUGGCUGUGCUAUUCUUGGUUUAAUCGUCAUGCGUUUCCGCAAGAAGACAAAACAUUUACCCCGACCUUUCAAGAUCUGGCUUCCAUUUGCCAUUUUCUUUGUCAUUAUCGAUAUUUACAUUGUCAUUGCUCCUUUGGUGGAUGCAGGUGCCAGUGGUGUGGCUAUCUAUGUUAUUUGUAUUUGCGUGGCGCUCUUGGCUAUCCCUAUGUGGUUCAUUCGGGUGAGGAAGCCUGGCAUUGGUCGCCGUCUUUUCGGAUGGAUUCCUGGUUAUAGCGAUCCUUUUGUUUUAGAAGCACGUCGUAAGAAGGAGUUGGAAAGAUCUCGUUCCGACGAUAACAGUUUCAAUAUGGCCAUCUGUGAACAACACGACUUUACUCUAACAAAAGAAAAAUCAGAACUGUAA